GUUCGACGACGUCAUCAAGUCCCCAGUAAAUCUCGAUCGUGAACGCAUGUGCUUGCUGCGUGCAACUAGUGUGUUGGAAAGUCCAGAUGGCCGCCACUGCUGCCCGGCCGCCCGGGUGCCUGUGAUGCUGUCUCGCUCACUGCCAAGAGGUGGCGGCAUGGAACGGACUGGAACGCAGCCACCAUCCGCAUUCUUUGGUACUUGGAGGGGAUCAAACAUAGCACAGGGCAGGCAGGCAGGCAGGCGCCUUCCAUUGCAGGUUGCACGUAGCAGAAGGCACUAGGGAGUAAACAAACGACCGGGUGACGUCAAGAUUGGUUGCUCACGGCCGCACAACGUGGGGACCUACCACUUGUAACUGCCUGAUUCUGUGGCCCUCACUACCGCCACGUCUCAGCUCCCUUCACUUCCCUGGCCAACAAGCUUCCGCUCUUCCUUCAUCCACUCUCAUUCCCUUCCACCCCCCAUAAUCCCCCAGACCAAAAUCUCGGCCUGAGACGUCUAGGAAUCUCUCCAACCUCACACAUUAAAACACACACCCUCCUUGCAACCGGCCAACUGCCCUAGAACACCGAAACAAACACACUCAGCCAGCCUGGUCCCGCAACACACCGAGCUUGACCACGGCGGCAUCGUCUCGUCUUCACCAUGAGAGGUAUUUCGACUCUCGUCAAGCUCGCGCUUGUGGGCAGCGCUCUCGGCAGCAGCUGGUUCACCAAGGCCGCCUACAACAAAUGGCACGAGACGGAGCUUGAGCGCUGGCUGUCGGACCACGACGUCCCGUACCCAACCCCUGCCGACCGGCGCGACCUGGAGAAGCUUGUCCAGCAGAACUGGGAUAGCUAUGUCGUGUCUCCGUACCAAAACUGGGAUACGCAGCAGCUCAGCGCCUACCUCCAGCAGAAGGGCAUCGAGACGAAGGACUCGGCCGCUGCUAGCAAGGACAGCCUGGUCUCCCAGGUUCAGAAGAACUGGUACGAGACCGAGGACAAGGCCCAGGAGAGCUACACCAGCCUCAAAACGUGGAUUUUUGAUAGUUGGAGCGACAGUCAGCUUAAGGCCUUCUGCGACUACCAUGGCAUUCCCGUCCCGCAGCCACGCAAGCGCGAUACUCUCCUGGCCAAGGCUCGCUCGAGCUACGAUGAUGUGGCCAAGAAGCUCAACGAGGUUUCGGCUUAUCCCGGGAACUGGCUGUAUGAGAAAUGGACCGAGUCGGACCUCAAGGAGUGGCUUGAUACCAACGGCUUCCCCGCGCCCCAGCCCACCACCCGCGACAAGCUCAUUGCUUCGGUCCGCCGCAACUCGCGCCUCGCCUAUCUCAAGUCGCAGGAGCAGAUGGCCAGUGCUAGCUCGAGCGCCCAGGCUGCCUACGCCACCCUCACAGACAAGAUCAUAGAUGCUUGGAGCGAAUCCGAUCUCAAGGAUUUUGCCGACCGCAAUGGCAUUCCUGUUCCCCAAGGCACCAAGGUCAACGAGCUUCGUGCGCUUGUCCGCAAGAACCGCGCCGACAUCAUCGGUGACAAUGUUUCGGGUUCUGCAGCCUCCGCGUACGGUGCCGCCACCUCCAAGGCGGGCAACACGUAUGCCAGCGCCACCGACAGCGCCUCGCUCGCAGCUCAAGAGGCCUUUGACAAGGCGGUCUCGACGUGGUCCGAGAGCCGUCUCAAGUCGUACCUGGACGCCCGUGGUGUACCAGUUCCUCAGACUUCCAAGGUCGAUGAGCUCCGGGCUCUGGUGCGCAAGUACUCUCACAAGGCUGCGUCUGGCUGGACCGUCUGGACUUUCGAGGACUACAACUACGAGAACCUGAAGAACUACAUUCUUGCCAACGGCGACGCGGCGGCCAAGAAGGUUGCUGAGAAGUCUGAUGCUACGCGCGCCGACCUCGUCAAGGCUGCCCAGGCUGCCUAUGCUAGCGCAUCGAGUGCUGGCGGUGAUACCUUGGCCUCUGCCACCAGUUACCUGUCCAAGGCCACCGAGGCGGCGAGCAAUGAGCUCUUUGCGAAAUGGUCGGAUAGCGACCUGAAGUCGUAUCUGGACAGCUACGGUGUUCCCGUUCCUCAGGGUACCAAGACCAACGAGCUUCGGGCUUUGGCUCGCAGGCAAUGGACUUACUACCAGUACGGCACUUCGUCGCCAUCUGAAACCAUCUUCGCCAAGCUUGGUGAGAACGUCAAGAACACGUUGAACUGGGUUAAGGACCAGCUGAACAUUGGCGCGGACGCCGCCCAGAAGCGGAUGGACGAUGCCCAGAAGAAGGCCAAGGAGGAGCUGUAAGCGGCUUUGCGGACGCGCCUCCAUUGAAGUGACAGUUCUUCCACUCGAGGACAGUCGUACUUUAAGAACAUAUGGCGGCAGGGUGUUGAGCUUAUGCGGUGAUUUGCCAGCAGGCUCGUAGGAGCUCUCGCUCGGCGACCAGGGCAGUUCGUCUACUGCAUCCUGUUGUAUGACUUGGGAGGAGACUUCUACGAUGAUGAAGACGGAAUUGGCACCUCAAAAUUUGCGUUAGGCGGGCACGGAUGGAUGCGUUGUUACCUCGACUAUGAUACAGUAAAUGUAUUGCUUUCCCACUGCAGCUGAGAGCCAUCUCGCACAUCACAUUGCGUUAAGGAGCCAGUCUAGCCUUGGAAGAGAUUAGUUUAAAAAAAAAAAACUGCUCGGCGAAUUGCGAAGAGAAG